GCAACGCUCCCGCCCAACCUCGUCGCCUCCGUGCAAGAGAAGCCCCCCGAGUUGCUCAAGCACGCCCGCGCGACGUCCCUCUCCGCGCCCGACUUCGCCGCCCUGCGGAGCACGAUCGCGGGCGAGCUCGCGCGCGUGCAGGGUUCGUCCGAGGAGCUCCUCCAGCGCGUGCAGGGUUCGUCCCAGGAGCUCCUCCAGCGCGUGUUCCUGCGCGAGGCGGGCGAGUUCCUACGGGAGGCCGUGCACGUUGUCCCGCCCGAGCCGGGCGAAGGCUCCGCAGGAGUGGUCUGGGACAGUACGGACGUGUGGAUGAUCCCGACGUACUCGCCCGCAGCGACGCCGACGGAGGGCGCAGGCAGUGAAUGGAGGAAGGGCGGGCUAGUAUGCUCUCGCGCACUGCGCUGGACCAGGCGAGCUCUUGCUCAUCGCGCGGUUCUCCUCGUCAUACCACGUCGCGCCGUACUUGGACUUGACUCAUCGGUAUACGGCACGCUGUCCCUCGUCGCGCCUGUAUGGCAUGGUGGCGCAUGA